AUGUUUGGUCACGCUAUCGUAGGCAUGGGUUGGCAGGAAGGGAAGGCGGUGGGCAAAACCAGCACCUCUGGACUAGUUGAGCCCAUUAUGUAUGUCCCGAAGUUCGGGCGGGGCGGCUUGGGCGCCUCCAUCACCAUAGAUCUACCGACUGAUCCAAAGGGAAGGAAACGAAUCCUCAAACCGGGACAAAAACGGGACGAGAAGAAGCAGUUGGUUGCUGCCGCCGAAGCAGACGGACGAGUGCGACACUACACCAAAGUGGGCGAGGCUCUGGUGGAGAAGAAGCAGUUGGUGUACGAGGUGUGUGCCGUGAUACCGCUCUGUGUUGGUCAGGCUUGA